AUGGAGCCGGUGUCGCUGCAGGACUUCGUGUGCGCCCUGGACCCCGCCUCCCUCCCGCGUGUGCUGCGGGUCUGCUCGGGGGUCUACUUCCAGGGCUCCAUCUACGAGAUCUCUGGGAACGAGUGCUGCCUCUCCACAGGAGACUUGAUCAAGGUCACCCAUGUUCGCCUCCAAAAGGUGGUUUGUGAGAACCCAGGGACAGGCCAGACCACCGAGCUCGCUCCCAACUUCCAGGGCCACUUCAGCUCCCUCACUGGCCCCCAGAGCUAUGGAACCCUGGAGGAGCUGGUCUAUGCUGCAACCCAGAGCUCCAAGCUACUGCCCAUCCACUUCAUGUCGACCCACAGAAUCACCACCAAGGCCAGGGUGGUGCCUGAAGAGCAGCCCCUCAAGCUGGAGGCUGUGGAGAUGCACAAGGGGACCUGCUGUGCCCGCUGUGUGCUGGACUCCGGGGCCCAGCAGGUCCUUCUGCACCUGCCCUUGUCCCAGAAGGGGCCCUUCUGGAAACUGGAGCCCGGGCCCCCUCGGACCCUGCUCCAGGUGCUGCAGGACCCCGCCCUAAAGGACGCCCUCCUCACCUGCUCCGCCUUCCCCUGGCGCUCCCUGACCUUGAUGCCCCAGUAUGAGGUCGAAGCCAUCAUGCACUUGCGCAGGACCAUCGUCAAGAUCCCCUCCACCCUGGAGGUCGACGUGGAGGAUGUCACCGCCUCCUCGCAGCACAUUCACUUCAUACAGCCGCUGCUGCUGAGCGAGGCCCUGGCCCGGGGAGGCCCCUUCCCCCUGGCUACAGAGAUCCUGGAAGUUCCGGAGGGGUCCCCCAGCUUCCUCAGCCCGUGGCUGAACUCCUUACAGAAGGGCCAGAGGCUCUGCCUCCAUGGCGUGGCUUCGCCGCCCUGGCGGUUCUUGGCCUCGACCAGGGGCCGGAAGGUGCCCAGACACUUCAUGAUCUCCGGCGCCUACCGGGGCAAGCUGCGGCGGCGGCCGAGAGAGUUCCCCACGGCCUAUGACCUGCUGGGAGCUUCCCAGCCGGGCCAGCCACUCCGGGUCGUGACCACAAAGGACUGUGAGGGAGAUGAGCUGGAGAACCUGGGGUUUGCGUCCCUGGCUGUGGGUGACAGGCUGGAGGUGCUGGGGUCUGGCCAGGCCCUUGGGCAACAUGAGAAGGACAUAGAUGUCUUGGUGUGUCAGCGGCUAGGUGAGCAGUCUGGGGAGGAUGAAGAGGUGGAGGACCAAGAACAGAUUCUGCUGCCCCUCUACUUCUCUGGUGGCUUUGUGGAGGAGCUGAGCGAUGCCCGGCGCUACAGCCUGCAGGACCUGACUGCCCAGUUCUCACUGCCCUGUGAGGUCAAGGUGGUGGCCAAGGACCCCAGGCACCCCGCCGACCCUCUGCCCUCCUUCCCGGGCCUGCAGCUGGAAGAGAAGAUCCUGGAACCCUUCUUGGUGGUCAGCCUGGACUCCGACCCUGAGGUGUGCUUCGAGAUCCCUCCCCGGUGGCUGGAUCUGACUGUCGCAGAGGUCGAGGAGCUGCCGGGCCAGCCUUCUGGGCCCCUCCCCACGGCCACAGUGGAGGAGCUGACGGAGGCCUUCUACUAUCGCCUGCGGAAGCUACCGGCCUUUGAGAGUCAAGCUCCCCCGCCCAGGCCUCCGAAGAGUAAGGGCCUCAGUGAGCAGAAGCAGCAGAUGAGCAAGGAGAAAGGAGUCAAGUCCUCUCAAGUCUCCAAAUUGCAGGAACCACCUCUGCUACCUAAACUCGGGACGAAGUCCUUGCCAAAGGUCACCCAGGACAGCUCCAAUUUAUACAGUGAGGUUCUUGGCCGCAAGAAGGGCCACAGGCCUGCCGUGCCCAUCACUGAAGAUUCAGAUGAUGAACAUGAUUACGAAGAAAUACUUGAGCAGUUUUCGAAAACCCUGUAG